GAAUUCAAUUAUUUGAACAACUACCCUUCAUUAUAUAAACUGAUCAGAUGCACAUCAUAAGUAUACCUAUCAACAUUUCAAAAAUCAUAGCAUCCAAUGGAUCCUUUCCUAAAUGAGUUUAGUCUAGAAGAGUUCCAACAACAAUGGGAAAUAGAAGAAAAAAUACUUGAUAGGCAGCGAGAACUUCUUGAAGAAUUGCAAAGGAGAAGCGAACAACCACGUAAGAGGAAAUCCAUACAUAGAGAUCAUCAUGCAGCGCAUGAGAGACUCAUGGCCGACUACUUUGCCGAGUCAUGCACUUACACUGACGCCCAGUUCCGACGCAGGUAUCGAAUGAAAAGGCCUCUCUUUCUACGAAUUGUGGACUCUAUAUCAAAUUACGACGAUUACUUCACACAACGGCGCAAUAAUGCGGGCAAGCUUGGGUUAACGCCUAUCCAGAAGUGUACGGCUGCCAUACGCAUGCUCGCAUAUGGAGUCGCAGCCGAUGCUUGUGAUGAGUACGUCAAGAUAGGAGAAUCCACUGCUAUCGAGUGUACUCGCAAGUUUUGCGAAGGGGUAAUAGCAUUGUUUCAAGAUGAAUACUUACGACGACCAAAUGUGGAAGACUUGCAGAGGUUGCUCCAAGUUGGACAGGAACGUGGAUUCCCAGGGAUGAUUGGAAGUAUUGAUUGCAUGCACUGGCAGUGGAAAAAUUGUCCUAAGGCUUGGCAAGGGUAGUUUACUAGUGCCAAGGGGACGACAACAGUUAUCCUCGAGGCAGUUGCGUCAUAUGAUUUGUGGAUAUGGCAUGCUUUUUCAGGGCUUCCUGGUAGUUUGAAUGACAUAAAUGUACUAGAUAGGUCACCGGUUUUUGACGACAUUGAGUCGGGUGAAGCUCCACGGGUAAACUUCACCGUGAAUGGGCGGGAGUACAAUCUUGCAUACUAUCUUGCCGACGAAAUCUACCCUAAGUGGCCUGUCUUCGUGCAGUCAAUUCAAAUGCCCCAAGGCAACAAACAUCAAUUUUUUGCCAAACAACAGGAAUCAUGCAGGAAGGACGUGGAACGCGCAUUCGGGGUACUCCAAGCACGCUUCGCUAUUGUCCGCCAACCAGCUAGAAUGUGGGAUCUUGAUGUCUUAGGAAAAAUAAUGAGGGCGUGCAUUAUUUUACAUAACAUGAUAGUAGAGGAUGAACGAGAUACGUAUUCGCGAAACUGGGAAAAUAUCGACUUUGAACCGUCGAACAAUGCUAGCUCUAGCGCCUCUUUCAAUGUUCAAACAGACGUGUUGCCGGAGUUUCAAGUCCAUGUUCAACACCGAUCUGAGGCAGAUAAUCAGACUAGAGCGGAACUACGAGAUAAGACCCAACAUAUUCAGCUGAAGAAGGAUCUCAUCGAGCACAUUUGGCAGAAGUUUGGGACAACCUCCGAUUAGAUUUACCAAUUUAGUGUGUGUUUUCUUUAAUGUUUUCAAUAAUUUGGGUGUGUUUGGUUUUCCGUAUGCUUAAUAAAAUCGUGUGUUAUUU